GGUUUCUUCAAGACCCGGAUCUCCUUAUACUGGUGGUAGACCUUCUUCUGCCAACUCUGUUCACACCAAGGUCGAGGAAGAUCUUCAUGAAUUCGCUGGUAUUGACUAUGAUAAGGUCACUAUUAUGCGUAACCCUUCCGUCGCCGUUCUCUAUGAACAAGCUUUGAGCUAUGAACAAGGUACUGUUAUUUCUUCUGCCGGUGCUCUUUGUGCCUAUUCCGGUAAGAAGACCGGUCGUUCUCCCAAGGACAAACGUAUUGUUGAAGAAGAGACCUCCAAGAAGGACAUCUGGUGGGGUCCUGUCAACACACCUAUUAGUGAAAAGGUCUUCUUGAUUAACCGUGAACGUGCUAUUGAUUACCUCAACACGCGUCCUCGUCUUUACGUAUUUGAUGGUUAUGCCGGUUGGGAUCCCAAGUACCGUAUCAAGGUGCGUAUUGUUGCUUCUCGUGCUUACCAUCUCUUGUUCAUGCGUAACAUGUUGAUCCGUCCUACCGAAGAAGAGCUCGAGAACUUUGGUACUCCCGAUUUCACUAUCUUUAACGCUGGUGAAUUCCCUGCUAAUCGUUAUACUACCGGUAUGACCUCUACUACCUCUGUCUCUGUCAACUUUAAGCGUUCUGAGAUGGUCAUUCUCGGUUCUGAGUAUGCUGGUGAGAUGAAGAAGGGUAUCUUCACUGUCAUGCAUUAUCUUAUGCCCAAGGCCGGUGUCUUGUCUCUCCAUUCUUCUGCCAAUGAAGGUCCCGAUGGUGAUGUCUCUCUCUUCUUUGGUCUCUCUGGUACUGGUAAGACCACUCUUUCUGCUGAUCCUAAGCGUAUGUUAAUUGGUGAUGAUGAGCAUUGUUGGUCCGAUGAUGGUGUCUUCAACAUUGAAGGUGGUUGUUAUGCUAAAUGUAUUGACUUGUCUGGUGAAAAGGAACCUGAUAUUUUCAAUGCUAUUAAAUUUGGAGCUAUUCUCGAGAACGUUGUACUUGAUGAAGAGACGCGUGAAGUAGAUUACUCUGAUGAUUUCUUAACCGAGAACACACGUUGUGCUUAUCCCAUCUAUCAUAUCCCCAAUGCCAAGAUCCCCUGUAUGGGUAGUCACCCCAAGAACAUCAUUUUAUUGACAUGUGAUGCCUUUGGUGUAUUACCUCCUGUCUCCAAGUUGACUGCUGAACAAGCCAUGUAUCAUUUCAUCUCUGGUUAUACUACCAAGGUACCCGGUACAGAAGACGGUAUUGUUGAACCUCAAGCUACUUUCUCUGCUUGUUUCGGUGCUCCUUUCCUCGUGCUUCAUCCUCAACGUUAUGCCACCAUGUUGGCCGAAAAGAUGUCCUCUCAUAAGGCUGAUGCUUGGUUGAUUAACACUGGUUGGAUUGGUGGAUCUGCUGCUACCUCUAAGCGUUGUCCUCUCAAGUACACCCGUGCUAUUCUUGACUCAAUUCACAAUGGUGAGUUGGCUAAGGCUGAGUUUGAAACUUUGGAUAUCUUUAACUUGAGUAUCCCUAAGGCCGUGGCUGGUGUCCCCUCUGAACUCUUGAACCCCAAGACCGCUUGGAAUGGUACCGAUGCUCAAUUCGAUGCUUCUCUUCGUAACGUUGGUCAAAUGUUUGUUGAAAACUUUAAGACUUAUGAAUCAGAGUCUACUCCUCAAACUUUGGCUGCUGGUCCCAAGCUCUAAAAAAAAAGAAAAAAAAAAAAGCUUGUAUAUAUUUAAAGAGAAUUUUUUUUUUUAAAGAAAGUCCCCCCCCAUAUAUCCCCUCUUCAUAGCACAUAGAUAUUUUACUCAGUAAAAAAGAAAAAAAAAAAUUAAUAAUAAAUAUUUAUUUU